AUGUUUUAAAUUGAUCAACCUUUGGAUUCAUAGUUAAGAUAUAAAAAAUUUCCUUUAAGAGAGCCUUUGAGGAGAAAUUAUCAGACAUGUAAUACCAAUCCUUUUGGAAAGAAAAUUCCAGAUUUAACUUUCACUUAAAGCCUAUAAAAAUAAAUAAAAAUACCACUUAAUCUAAAUAAGUUAUAUUAAAAGAAAACCAAAAAUAUAAUAGUGCAUGAAAGUUCAUCUGUAAAUACAUCAAUGCGCUUGUAAAAACCUAUCUUCAUUAUGAAAACAAUAAAUAUAAGGACAUAAUCAAUUGAUGAACAAAAGUUAUCAAAACCUAUUAUAAUAAAGAAAAAUUCAUAAGAUAGUUCCAUUAGUUGUGAUUCUUCGGAUAACUCUGAUUUCAACGAAUUAAGAAGAAAUUAUUUGUAAAAAUAUUGCAGACCAAAACUCAAUAAAAUCGACAGAUAACCUCGUUUUCGGAUUCACUCAGUUAAUGAAGAAUAAUUAGAUCCAUGGAAUGUAAAUAUUUGA